AUGUCGUCUGAUGACGAGCCCGACAACCCGGUCCCGACGAAGAAGCGCCGUGUGCAGCGCGCUUGCGACUGGUGUCGGCGGAAAAAGCGCGCUUGCGAUGGGUUGCGGAUGUCCGAGAAGAAGUGCACGAACUGCGUGGAGAACGGGCUAGAGUGCACCUUCGCCGGCGCGGAGACAAAGCGCCGAAGCUACGUCGAUGUGUUGGAGGCAAGGCUGGAGCUGACGGAGUCGUUAUUGCGCAAGUUGGGCAACCCGAAUGCGAGCCCCCCCGUCGCUUGGUCUGCCUCCUCUCCAAUAACCACCCAUAAAAGCACGUCGAUCCCCGCACCACCCCCACCAGGUCCCGGCGUGGAACUUGCGGCACUGACAAUUCGUUCGAUGAACACCCCCACACCCGCGCCACAUGAGGAGGAUCUCGCGCAUAUCGAGCUUACGCAGGACAUGGAGGAGCUGUCCAUUAGCCAUCAUCGGGAGCGGUUUCACGGGAAGAGCAGCGGUGCAAUGCUAGUGAAGGCAGCUGUGUUGGCGCGCGAGGGGUACGAGGAGAAGGAAAUGCCCUGGACGUCGAGGAGGAUGCAUUAUUGGACGUAUAAUCCGGCAAAGGAGAAGCUUCCGCAUGUUGGGCCAUUCGUAUUCCCCCCGCCCGAUCUCCUUCGCGCCCUCAUCGACCUCUAUUUUACCCACCAAAACGUGUACUUUCCCCUCCUGCACCGGCCCACAUUCCUGCGCUCAGUCUUCGACGACAAUCUCCACACGACAGAUGCGUCCUUUGGCGCUGUCGUUCUCCUCGUCUGUGCAAUCGGCGCUCGAUACUCCGAGGAUGUCCGGGUCUGUCCGCCAGGAGCCGAGCCACUCAGGGUUGGCUGGGAGUUUUUCGACCAAUUACCCUUGAUCAUUGACCACCUCUUCGUUCGGCCCACGCUUUACCAUCUCCAGUUCUACUGCCUCGCGACGACCUUCCUUGAGUUCUCCACGCCUGCCUCCUGCUGGACACUGAUUGGAAUCGGCAUCCGCCUUGCGCAGGACGUUGGCGCCCACAGACUUCAGAACUUUGGGCCCGGAGCGAAGCCGACGAUCGAGGGCGAGCUGUGGAAGCGCGCGUUUUGGGUGCUCGUGUGUAUGGACCGCCAGGUGAGCAUGUCAUUGGGACGGCCGUGUACGACGCAGUACGAGGAUUUCGAUGCGGAGCUGCCGAUUGAGGUGGACGACGAGUUUUGGGAGGGGGAGGGCGAACAGGCGGAAACGGGGACGUUGGCGGAGGGAGAUAAAAGCCCCGAAUCGCAAAUGGGUGGAGAGAAGAAGACAGAUACGCCGAGCUCUGUGGUUUCGUCGACAUCAUCCUCCACGGGGAUUGAGCCGGGCUCGGGUAGCUCGCCCGAUGGUGCUGGCAACGACCCCGGAAAGAGCAAGGGCAAGGGGAAAAGCAAGCCCGCUCCGUUUACGCAGCCGCCCGGCAAGCCGAGCACGAUCACGUUCUUCAACUGUCUGAUCAGGCUGAACAACAUCCUGGGGUUCAGCCUGCAGCUACUUUACGGGCUGAGUAAGGCAAAGGCGCUGCUUGCCCAUCGCGACGACGCGUGGGAGGAGCACAUCGUCGCGGAGCUCGACUCGGCGCUGAACGGAUGGGUCGACUCCAUUCCCGCUCACCUCCGGUGGGACCCCAACCGGCCGCGCACGCCGCAAGACGACGUGUUCUUUGACCAGUCGGCGCUGCUAUACUGCUCAUACUACACAGUGCAGAUGACGAUUCACCGGCCGUUUAUACCUGCGGUAAGACGGAGUGGAGCACCGACGUCACUCCCGUCUCUAGCAAUAUGCACUAACGCUGCGCGUUCCGCCAGCCACGUUAUCGAGACGUCUCGACUGCGGAAAGGAAACACGCCCGUGCCCGUUUUACUGGGCCCGGCAUUCACGGCGGGUCUUGUUCUCCUGCUGAACGUGUGGAGCGGGAAGCGGACGGGGCUGCCGCCGCAAAUGAACAGCGCGAUAUUUGAGGUACAUAAAUGCAUGAAGGCGAUGCGGGUGUGCGAGGGUCGGUGGCAGAGCGCCGGUCUGUUCUGGGAUUUACUUUAUGAGCUCGCGUCAAUCGGGCACCUCCCGCUGCCUAUUCCGGCGACGCCACAGAAUGCGGGUGUUCAGCCCAUUCAAGUUACCCAGAAUGACGAGAACGACAACGCGGACGUUGCCGAGAUGUACCUCCCGCCGACGACGACGUAUGGCCCGCCUCCCGCGGGCUAUCCAUAUCCUGACGCAAACAAUGUUGCACAACCGCAGCAGUCGCACCCGCGCGUCAAUACGCACAUCCUCCCAAUGCACGUGAUGGGCCAGGGCAUGGCGGUUUCGAGUUCGGUGCCAGAGCAAGGCGCCCUCCUACCGCCCACGGUUUACAUUCCACUCGCGGCACAAGGGCAGAGGCAGGCAGGCUAUGCAGCGCCGUUGCCGCGACCCGUGACGGGCAGUGGGAGCGGGAGUCAGCAGCGACUGCUGGGCCAGCCUGUGUACGGUUUCGGCCGCACCAUCCCUACAUAUACGUCUGAUCUCGGGCGGCUUCCGGUCUUUCAUCAUCAGCAGGAUCAGCCGGGCCUGUCGCAACAAAGCUACAACCAGUAUGGGAUGUAUGGUGGGUUUGACGGGGUCGUAGCGGGGUCGGGUUCUGCCUCAAACGCAGCCGCGGCACCAUCGUUACCUUCGCAGACUACCACUGACUAUGUGCCGCAACAUGAGUCUGCGGCCGAUCCCGGGUUAAGCUUGGGAACAGCGAGCAGCACGAGUAGUUGGUAUCCUGCGCAGACGUCUGCCGCGCCAUUCGGCUUCCCAGACUUCAAGUUUGCUGCUGCGAGCGGCCCGUCCGCAGCGCCAAGCGGUGCGGCCGGCUUGGGGCUGGGAAUGUCGGACAGCGAGAUCAUGGCGCUCUUUGGUGAAGACGCGCUUGCGUUUGUCGAGGGGCGCUCGCCGGUGCCCCAGGCGGCCAAGGCUGAAGCGGCAAGUGCCAGCGCUAGUGGGAGCGGGAAUGUGAAUGUGGCAAUGCCCGAUGUGGAUCUAACCAACGAGGACAUGGUAAUGUGGGCGAGCGCGCCGAUGGGGCUAGAGGUGGACGAUUGGAGCGAGUACUUUAGUGCAUUGAGCGGGUUCCCGCAGACUUCGGCGGGUGGAGGGAACACGUAA